GGGUGGGGAAUUAUAAAGUUAUGGAGUAAUGGGGAAGUUUUAUACAAACGAUGAAAUAAUUCAGAGUUAAAAGGACAAUUUAAUUAACACACGCGCGCUCCCGACACGCCCCUUCCGUAUUACAGCGCGAGCUUCAUGCGCGCGACCGCACACGAGAGAGAGAGAGAGAGAGAGAGAGAGAGAGAGAGAGAGAGAGAGAAGACACGGAAACCACGGAUAAGAGAUGAAGGUACAGUUCGCACCGUUAAAUAUCCCAUUGAGGAGACGCUUACAGACGGCCGCCGUGCUGCAGUGGAUCUUCUCCUUCCUCGUGCUUGCUCAAUGCUGUCUGGCAGCCUUUGUGCUGCUCUGUGUCAGUGAUUGGUGGAUUUUGGCGGCUCUGUAUGCUGGUUGGCUAUAUUUAGACAGGGACACACCCACAAGUGGAGGUCGAAGGUCACAAUGGGUCAGGAACUGGACUGUGUGGAAAUACUUCAGGGAUUAUUUCCCCAUCUCGUUGGUGAAGACAGUGGAUUUGGACCCUAACACUAAUUACCUCUUCGCCUUUCACCCCCAUGGUGUUCUUGUAGCUGGUGCUUUUGGUAAUUUCUGUACAGAAGCUUCCCAUUUUUCGGAGCUGUUCCCGGGCCUGACGCCGUACCUGCUCAUGCUGCCCUUCUGGUUCAGAGUACCGUUCUUCAGAGACUACAUCAUGUGGGGAGGUUUGGUGUCGAGUGAGAAGGCGAGUGUGAGUUAUCUCCUCAGUCAUCCAGGGGGCGGAGCUGCAGCAGUUGUGGCAGUGGGUGGAGCUCCAGAGAGUCUGGAGGCGCGGCCUGGAGCACUUACUCUACAACUGCUACAGAGGAAAGGCUUCAUUAAACUCGCACUAAAACAUGGAGCUGGGUUGGUUCCUGUGUUUUCCUUUGGGGAAAAUGAACUGUUUGAUCAGAUGGAGAACCCCGUAGGCUCCGCCCUCCGCCGGGUUCAGGACCGCCUGCAGAGGAUCAUGGGAGUGGCUUUGCCACUGUUUCAUGCUCGAGGAGUGUUUCAGUACAGCUUUGGCUUGUUACCCUAUAGGAAACCUGUACAUACUGUGGUUGGAAGGCCGAUCCGAGUCGACCUGAAUCCGUGUCCCACUAAAGAGGACAUCGAGUCUCUUCACCAGCGCUACAUGGAGUGUGUGUGUGUGUGUGUGUGUGUAUAUAUUUCUUCUCUCUUCAGGGUCUAACUCAGCUUUUUGAGGAGAACAAGGAGAAGUACGGCAUCAAUAAAGACAAACACCUUAAAUUUAUCUGAAAAAUGCCUGUCGGUCUCUCCGCCUGUCGGUCUCUCCGCCUGUCGGUCUCUCCGCCUGUCGGUCUCUCCGCCUGUCGGUCUCUCCGCCUGUCGGUCUCUCCGCCUGUCGGUCUCUCCGUCUGUCGGUCUCUCCGUCUGUCGGUCUCUCUGUCUGUCGGUCUCUCUGUCUGUCGGUCUCUCCGCCUGUCGGUCUCUCCGCCUGUCUGUCUCUCCAACCUUCUGUCUUCUGUCUGUGUGUGAUGUAAAGUGAUGUGUGUCAUCUGAAACCUUUAAGGACAUGUUAUUACACCAGCAGAGCUUCUGUAACACAUCAGAGUUUAAUAAUAAAGACUUUUUGAAUUCA